AUGAAUACUCACGGACCCGCUUCGCCAGAGACUUCAAUCUACAUAGUAGGCGGCUCGGUGUUUGGUCUGUCUGCGGCUUUGCACCUCUCACAUGCUGGAUACAAGAACAUUACCGUGUUCGACCGAGCGGCGAGUUUGCCGUCACCAUAUGCGGCAAGCAACGACCUGAACAAGAUCAUCCGAGCCGAGUACGGCGUUGGCCACGCAGAGGACGACUUCUACACCGAGCUUGCACUGCGAGCCGUAGAGGCCUGGAAAGCGCCAGACGACGUCGGCGGGUGGCGCAGCUGUUACAAUGAAGUCGGGUACUUCAGAGUGGCGAGUUCCGCGAGGAAACUAGGAGCCGUGCAGAGGGACAUGGACUAUUUCACGAAGCAGCGAACGCCUACCAACAGUGAUAACCUCUGGUUCCCCGACAAUUCAUUUCAAGCUAUUCAGUCUCCCAGAGACAUCCACGCCGCUGCACCGCAACUGAAGAAUGUCGACUUUGGUAAGCAAUGGCGAGGGUACUUGAACAAACACGGCGGCUACGCACUUGCAUCGCAAGCGAUCCAGCUCGCACACAGACGCUGCGUGUAUCUGGGUGUGAAGUUCGUGCUGGGCGAAGACGGUCACAUCACGUCGCUUGUCACAGAUUCCAUGCGGUCACAAUCGGUUACCGGUGUACGAGCAGCUAGUGGUGCAGUACAUUCCCAUCCGCCUGGCCAGCCGAGUCUUACUAUCUUGUGCAUGGGAGCACAUUUGCCUCGCGUUCUCUCAGCAGCGGCGUCCCAAGUAACGGCGAAAGCGUGGUCGGUGGCUCAUCUUGAGUUGACAGAGUCAGAAGCCAAAGCCCUCGCGGGCGUCCCAGUCAUGAACUUUUCCGAACUGGGGUUUUGGAUGGAACCCCUGUUCGUCAAGGAGCGCGAAGAUGGCACAGAGUCGGUCGAACAUGUUCAAAACGAUACACCAGGUUUACAGAAUCGGUCACGGAAAGAAAAAUCAGAUGGCAAAUAUCUCCUCAAAUUCGCUUGUCAUGGUGGAGGGUGGACGAAUUUCCAAAAUGUCGAAGCGACUCCGAAUGGCACACGGAGAGUGCCUUGUUCGGUACCACCGACAAAUGCAACGUCGUUGGUCCCUCCGGCCGUCGACGAUGCACAGCUUCGUAGGUUGGUCAAGGCGUCGCUGCCAGCUUCGCUUCAUGAAAGACCUUUUGUGCGCACGUCGAUGUGUUGGUGCGCGGACACGACGAGCUCGGAUUUCGUCGUCGAUUUCAUCCCUGGCUACAGGAAUCUGAUCCUGGCGGGAGCGGAUAGCGGACACAUGUUCAAGUUUCUUCCGACUGCGGGUGAGUGGGUCAGUGAGUUGUUGCGAACUGGGUAUCAGAAAAACUCGAGGUGGAAGUGGAAGACGAGCGAAGCGGAGGGGGAGAAUGGGAGAGGGACUGUCGCCUGGAGAGGGGGAAAUGUUAGAGAUCUGAGAGAGCUUCAGAGUCAUGGGAAGUCUCGCGUUUCGAAGUUGUAA